ACUAUAUGGAACUUAAAAGCAGAUCUGAAGUUAGCAACUCCUACUUCGAAAAAGAAGCAAUUCAUCGUUAUGAAUUGUGGAUGCAAAAUGCUAUCAGAAGAGUUAAACAUGCAAGAGAGAUUGGGAAAAAAAUUCGAGCUUUAAUUGAGCAUUAUAAACUCUUAUGGGAAAUUAGAGAUGAAUCACGUCAAAUUAAUAAUGUAUAG